GAGUGACAUUUGUGUCAGUAUAACCUGAACCUUUGUACAAGUUAUAAGACACAUGCCAAGUUAGUUUUCAUUGUCAUUUCUAAACUGCAACCUGUGAGCACAAGUAAUUAAGACGACAGUUUGGAUUUAAGAAACAAUGCAUAUUGCAGCACUGUUGUGCCCAAGUUUGGACAGGAUGCUUAUGUAAACAUACCGCGUAACAGCCCAGAUUUCCCUCCACCGUUUAAUAAAAGGAAACCUGUGACACUAUUUAAGUAUGUCGCAGAAUUGAGUUGAAACGCACAAUGUACAGGAAUCGAGAAGAUGGAAGGAACUGCACCGUAACGAAGUACGGGAAGUAAAUCAACAUAAAAUGGGUCAUUGUGUUUAGUAGUGCUUAUCUAUUUACAUGUGCCUACACAGACGUUGUUCUGAACGUUGCGGUUUAUGGUUCUUCGAUUAGAAAAGUUGCUCAUAACUUCUUCGCUGCUGCUAACGGCAAGAAAGCAUUACGUUCCUUGUAAUGGCACUGUUCAGCAAGCCAGUUGUUAUUGAACAAACGUGUAGAGAGUACACACAUUGUUACACUAGUUCUUGCACCACAGCUUCUGUAGAUUUCGGCUUUAUAAUACUACAAGGGGCAUUUCCAUUUUAUUCAAGUCUAUAUUUGCUUGCUUUGCUUAUGAGAGGCAAGAUACCCUCUCAGAAAGACCUUCGAGGAACACUUCUAAGAAUCAUUCAGUCCACAUCAUUCCUUGCAUGCCAUGCAUUUAGUUAUUCUUUAUUCCUAUGUCUGCUUAGGCGGAUACUUGGAAACUUCAACUUCUUAACUGCAUCAUUCAUACCAGCAUUUCUGGCUAGUUAUACCUCAAUUUUGGUGGAAAGACCUUCUAGAAGAGGGCUAUUGUGUUUGUAUGUUACUAAUGUGGCAUCAGAGACAUUAUUUCGCAUGGCAGUAUGGCGUGGCUGGGUGAAGCCUAUACCUUAUGGGGAAGUGUUGAUUUUUAUGACGUCGGUUGCUGGCCUACUCUAUUUUUAUAGAAGCAAUCAUAUAAGCCAUGACUCCAUCUAUGGAUUGUUGAGAUUUAUUGUGGGGCCUUUUGAAGAAAGUGGAUAUAUGGAAAACCGUGAGGAUUUGCCACCACAAAGAGCUCCAGCUGUGUCCACAUCGCGGAAAACUACAAAACCUGUGCCUCGUAGUGGAAUUGUAUAUAGUAUUGUGUCAGCUUUCUGCCGUUUCUACCGAGCAGUUGUAAAAUGGGUGAAGUGUCACAAUCGCCACGCCACCUGUCCGCAUCCUUUCAGCUGUUUCUACUACACAAUUCAGGGAACAGCAAAGUUAUUCUCAAUAGGGUAUGGUCUUCAAGUCUGUCUAAGACUGCUGCUUCAGAUUCGUAAACUUGUACGUCAUCCGAAGAUGUUACCUGGUGUACUGGUGCAACGAGAUGCAUUCAGAUUUGGAGCAUUUCUUGGGGGAUUUUCUGGAUUAUUUAGGAUGACCUCUUGUGUAUUACGUUGGCUUCUUGACAAAGACUCAAAAUUCCAUGCUAUACCAAGUGGACUAGUGGCUGGACUGGCAUUUGCUUUUUUCCCUGACAAUACUAUUGCAUUGUAUAUUAUGUGGAAACUGGUUCAGAUAAUGUAUAGGAAUGGGGUAGACAAGGGCUGGUGGCCAGAAUUACCAGGUGCCACAAUACUCCUUUACUGUUUGUCCACUGCAAUUCUAUUUCAUGCUGCAGUGGUAGAACCAAACAAUCUUAGACCGUCAUAUUGGAAGUUCCUACAUCGUGUUUCGGGGGGCUGGAUUGCAGAUAUAAACAGGAAACCUCUUGAUGUGUAUGGACUGGAGAGUUCCAAAGCACUUGCUAAGGUCCUUAUUGACACAAAGACAGGAAGCACCUAUUCUUCUCCUAUGUAGGCUCAUUAUUUUGAAAAUUUUGAUAGCAGGCGCUGUUCAAAACGUACCAUUAGCACUUCAUUGUGUGUCCUGGUGAAAGUCUCUGUGAUAACUUUGAGCCUGGCUUAUUCAGGUUUUAAUUUUGUAGAAAAAGAUUUAAUUUUUCAAAAGAUCAGUUCUGAAACUAGUGUAUAUAUUUUAAUACAAAUUUGCAUUUAUCAUUUCACAAGCUUUGUUUUGUAAUGAGCCACUUGAGCAAAGUAAUAUUUGCUCAUAAGUGAUAAUUGUUCCACAUUCCUUUUUUUAGGCACUUUGUUACAGAAAUUGAGUCUGUCAUUUUCUUAGCCAACAAGCAAAAUACAAAAGCUCAUGCAACCACUCACUUUAUACAAGGAAACUGGCCAGGGUUUGGAAUACUGUUUUAAAGAAUUUUCUUCUACAUGCCACAAAAAGAAAAUAGUUGAUUUUCAGUCUUGGGAAUAGAUGCAAUGUUUAAUACAAACAUAAUAAGAACUGAAAGAAUUUAUUUUGGAAAUUUAAUUUUUGUAAUUAAUACAUACAGAAAUCUGUGAUAAAUCAUGCCAGUAUUUUGACAGUUUGCAGUUUUAAUUGAUACUUCUGUUGAUAUUUUGUCUGUUGGUAUCUAAGCACCUCAUAUUUGCGGAGGCACAGUUUAUAACUUUUGUAAAAUCUUUUGUAUUGAUGUUUGAUAAGAGUGUCACUGGAUUGUGAUAAAUAUGAGUUCUGAAGAGAUACCAUAAAUGUAUGUGUAAUGUGUUAUUUGACUUUUGUACAAGUUUUGUUGUUUUUUAUUUAUCUGAAUAUUUUGAUACAGCUAAAUGAUAAAAUAAUUGUGGAAAACUGUGAUGUGUAGAUAGUUGAAUAUGGAAUUCAGUUUUGGUAGGUAACUGUAUUUUGUAUGGUUUUAAGAUAUAGGUAAUGAGAGAGCUCUUUUCUGUUUUCUGACAUCACAGAUGGUUGUUGACAGUGAAUUACAAUAUUGGUGAAGGCUGUUGUAAUAAUGGUGUUAAGAUGGUGAAAGAAGCUGAGCUUCAGACAUUUCAAUGUCUUCCUUAAAAUAUGUACAAAUGUUUCUCAAAGAAUUUUCAUCUGAAGAGGUCACACUUAUUCAAGAUAACUUAAAAUUUGGUAUGAAUAUUUAUUACAAUUCAGUUAAUCGCACGUAUGUUGUAGUUUCGGGAAGUCUCUCUUUUCAUGGAGGACUGUAUACAACAGUCUGUGGUAAUAUACUUGCCAUGUAUUGUUUAAAGGAUUUUAUUUUUUGUAUCAUGAAACCAAAUAAUAAUUUUGUUUGUUUGUGUGUGUGUGUGUGUGUGUGUGUGUGUGUGUGUUUGAGAUAGGGAGGGGGAGGAGGCGGUGGUUUGAGAGAAUGUAUAUAAUACAGAUUAUGUUGAUGGCUCUCAUGUAAAUUUGUGCAGGUAGCAUGUCCAAGUAAACUUUUUUAUAUUGAAAGAGAUUUUGCUCAGCAUUUUAAUAUUUUUAAAGGAUGAAUUAUUUUUAAUGUACUAUAUAAGUAUAGUGUUUUGGGAUUUUAUUAAAGAAGACUCUGAGACACAGUUUUAUGUUUUGUCACAAAUAAAAUGUUAUUG